AUGAGGCGAAUUCGAAGAGCACAAUCUUCUGUCAGUCGAACGAGCAAGAAAAGUCGUUCCAGCACAGUGGUUGCUCAAAGGAGCGUGGCUAGUACCACCACUAGAAGCAGGAGGAGUCUGCGCCAUGACGAUGAUCCCGGUGGCGAGCACCAAAUAGAUUACGACGACGACGACGACGACGGCGACAACUAUUUCCAAGGCUAUCACACCAAUGCAUCCGCAUCUUACCAACCAAUACACCCGCCUCCUCAUGCAUUGACACAGAGUACCAUGGGUGUUGGUAAUGUCAUUCCACACCACGCACCACCACAUAUGCACGAAGCCAUGGUAUUUGUCACAGUGGUCCAAGAUGGAUCCACCCUAGCGUUUGCUGGCUACGACGAAGAACGAAACGAAAUCAUUUUGGAGUGUGCCAACAACGUCACCACUCAAAAUGGUGACCAAGAGUCAUUGAUUGAACGAUUUUGGGAUUUGACCAAGCCUACAUUGUUGCUGUUGGGAACCAAGAUUUUGAGCAAUGCGACACUCUUGGAAACUCUCACCAAGAAACCAAACUCGAUUGCAUUGUUGAACGAUGAUAAUGAUGAUGAUGAUGAUCUACUGGGCCAUGCCCCGUCCCAAACAGCAGCUCCCAACAACGAACCAGCAGCAGGAGGAGACGUUACUGAUACUACUACUACGAUUCCUCCAUCCAUUCCAUAUCGACUCAUGAAAUCCAAAAGCCUCGAAUUGCAAUCUUGCAAAACACGAAUUCUACAAAAGCUACGGGUUCUAUCCUUGCUCCGAGGAGACGACGAUGAUGAUCAUGAUCAUGGUCAGAUCCUUGCUCGCGAACAUGCUCCAGCCUACAGUCAACGCCAACAACGGUCCUUUCCAGCCUCCUCGAAUGGUCAUAAUGUCUUUCGGCCUUCCGCCUAUCAUUCAUUGGCGGCACUGAUUGACUUUGAUUCCAGAGCCCAAGUCCAAGCACUCGGUUGCUUGAUUUCGUAUCUACAAGAGUCCGUCUUUCGAUUGGCCAUGGAUCAAGGAGUGGUGACCAUUGAUCGAAUCGUCUUGGCCAAGUCAUAUCAAUACAUGAGGGUGGAUGCUUCCACCUUGCAUUCCUUGCACAUUUUUUCCACGGAACAUCAUCCACUCCAACUCCAGCAACAGGGGAAUAAUUCCAAAGAGGGAUGGUCCUUGUUUUCGCUAUUGGACCGCACCAAGAGCAAGGGUGGUCGCAAACUACUCAAGGAAUGGAUGUUACGGCCUUUGAUCAGUCUCGACAAGAUUCAACAACGUCAAGAUGCCGUCCAACUAUUUGUCAUGGAACAACAAAAUCAAGCGGGGACACUCUUGCAAUUUUUGGCCAAGAUUGGACCUAUGGAUUCGAUACUCCUCAAAUUGCAAAAGUGUUCCACCCAACCCAAUGAUUUUCUGAUUUUGAUCAAGACGCUCUCGGCGGCCUUGAGCAUUGCUUCUACUCUUCACGACGAUCUUUUACCGCGAUUGGAUCGUCAACGACGACCAGAGGAGUGGCAAUAUUGGAACCAAUUGCUAGAGAGGUGCCAUGGAAAUCUCUUGUAUCACAUUCAAAAGCGCAUCAUGGAUGUAUUGGACGAAGAGCUAAUGUUGGAACAAGGUGGUGGCGACUUUGUUAUUCGACGAGGAUUUCAUCCACAACUGGACGAAUGGAAGGAUCAAUACGAAGAUUUGGAAGUAACUUUGGAAGGAAUGGCGGAAGAUCUCACUCAUCAGUUUCCGCACCUCAAGGAUCUUUCGGUCGUCUUUGUGCCACAGGUUGGAUUUCUUGUUUGCUUGCUCAAGGCUAUUCUAUUGCAAGAUAAGGUGGAAUUGCCCCAAGACUUUGCCCUUAUCUUUAGUCAAGACGAUGAAGCGUUCUUCAAGUGCGACGAGAUGGCAGAGCUCGACAAGAAUAUAGGAGAUUUGGAUGGUUUCAUCAAGGACACUGAGGGAAUCAUUGUGGGCGAGUUGGAGGAGGCCAUCUUGGAACACGACAGCGAACUUCGAGAGAGCUUUCUGGCCCUUGCGGAACUGGACUGCCUGUUGGCAUUUGCCAGUUGUUCUGUUGAUCUCAAGUUCACUCGACCCCAAAUGGAGCCAGCCAGUCACAAUCGGAUCGUCAUCAAGGAUGGAAGGCACCCAUUGCAAGAGAUCAUUACGGAAACCGAAUUCAUUCCCAAUCAUGUUCAGAUUGACAACACCGAACGGCUUGUUGUCCUUUCCGGGCCCAAUUACAGUGGCAAGAGUUGCUAUCUCCGCCAGGUUGGAUUGCUGGUGUACAUGGCACAUCUCGGAUGCUUCAUUCCUUGCUCCGAAGCAGUCAUUUCGGUCACUGAUCAAAUCUGUGCACGUAUCUCCACCGUUGAAACAUGUGCCGUCCCCCAGAGUAGCUUCCAGCUCGACCUUACCAACAUGGCUUCGAUUCUUCUUCGUGCGACAUCGCAAUCUUUGGUUCUUAUUGACGAAUUUGGAAAGGGUACCAGCCCAGCAUCAGGAAUUGCUAUUCUGGGAGCGGCACUGAAGCGGCUGUCUCAAAUCGGUUGCCGGACGCUUUGUACCACUCAUUUUCUAGAGAUUUUCUCUCUUGGAGUGAUUGAAGACAAUACCAAUGGAUUCAAGGCUCGUCAAAUGGCAAUCCACUUGCCCAAUGACAACGAUGAUACUGUGGUACCCCUGUUCCAGCUUCAAGAUGGAGUAGCCAAGUCCUCUGCUGGACUAAUUUGUGCGAAACGAGCUGGAUUGAACCCAACAAUUGUCGGUCGAGCCAAAGAAAUCAUCCAGACCCUGAGGAACGGAAGACAACUCACUCCAUUCCAGGAUGCAACUGCAUCUGAAUUUGAACUCUCGACGGAGGAACGAGACAUGCUCAAGCAUUUGUUCAAUGUGGAGUCGUGGGAGGCCGCCGGUGAAGGUGAAAUUCGCAGUCUCAUCCAGAAGGUUUCUUUAGUUUCUAGUGGAUAA